AUGGAUGAAUUUCGAGAUUCUCAAAAAGAAAGAAUUCAAGAGGCAUUAGAUAUGGGUGAGCUUGCAACCGGUAGGGGCUUGAAUCAAGAACUUGAUCUUUCAAGAGCUUGUGAUACUCGUUGGGGAUCUAAUUAUAAAUAUUUUAACAAUUUUAUUCUUAUGUAUGGCUCUAUUGUUAAUGUUCUUGAAUCACUUGUUCAUGAUGCACGAUUAAUGGAUGAAAUAGCCAAGGCAAUAGGAUAUCUCGAAGCUUGUGAGGUUGCGUUCAUGUUGCAUUUGAUGAGUGAGGUUUUAGCAAUCACAAAUGAGCUUAAUAAAUUCUUACAAAAAAAGAAGAAGCAAGAUUUGGCAAAUGCCAUGCUACUUCUUGAAGUAGCAAAAAAAAAAAAGGGUUGCAGGCGUAUAGGGAUGAGGAAUGGGAUUCUCUUAUUGCUAAGGUUCUUCGAUCUAAAAGGGCUUUGUGAUCUUUUGAAAAGAUUAGUUCAGACAAAGAAGCAUUCAAAUUAUCCUCUUGUAUUCCGCUUAGUGAAACUUGCUUUGCUUCUGCCAGUUUCCACUGCAUCCGUUGAAAGAGCUUUUUCGGCAAUGAAGUUUAUCAAAAAUGACUUGCGGGGUCAAAUGAGUGGUGAUUUUUUUAGCGGUUGUUUGAUGCCUUAG